CGAGACUAACCCCUUCUCACUCACCAGGUUGAGGAAGGGUUAGCAGAGGUGGAUUCCGAGAAGAAGUAAGACGAGGCGAGCUGUCACACUAGCAUGGACGAGGCAUCAGGGAAUCAACAAGGAGUUAGUGCCAUAGUUAGUUUAAUUAUUUUGUCCAUGAUUAUGAGUUUAUGUAUUGGAGAUUCAAGGUUCAAGAUUCUGGGUUAAGUUGUUUUAAGUGUUUGAGAUGAGAUUUUGCCCAAGUGUUAGGGAUUUUCAUUUGAAAUUAAAUAAUGUCAGUUGUUUAUUUUAAAAAGUGGUUUGGUUGCUCCGGAGUAACCGAUCUUCGCUUUGAGUUAUGGUUUGGUUUUCAAAAAGAGUCAGGAUGUUACACAGAAUUUCCCAAGACGGCCAAGGACGAGAUACAACCUAGAACAUCCGAUCUCCAUCCACCUUCAGAUCUCCAUGCUCCCUCCAACCAAUUGAUUUUGUUUGGUUGUUUCGAUAGAAGAGAACAAUGAUAGUGAACAUGUUUUUUCAUUGUUCUAAAUUUUUUUUUAUUUUUGUGAGGUAAAUGUGUUGUUGAUUUUUGUUGUGUUGGUGUUGCUUCUUUUUUAGCAGACCCCUUAAGGCGUCCCUAGGGUGAUCUCGCAGUUCAUAAGGGCUGGAGAUGAUGAGGUCGUUCCAUGAAUUUUCCUUCAUUUUGCCGCAUUUUGCUAGAGGUUUGGUGAAUGGAGAAUGACUAGUAACUUUCCCAAAUUCGGUGAUUCAGGUGAUACUACCUGGAUUGUCUUACCACUGUGGCCUCUUAGUCACCACUGAUUCACUGUUGACAAGUCUUUCUAAGGCAUUCAAAUACUUCAAUGGUUGGCAAACCGACCCCUCAUACAAAGAUACAGUGAGAGAGGCAUGGGCCAAAGUUGUAACGGGAACAUAAUGUUCAUGGUAUACCAGAAGAUGAAAGAAGUAAAAAGAAGACUGAAGAUAUUGAACAAAGAAGAUUUUUUCAGAGAUUUCUGCUAGGGCGAAAGUGGCAAAGGAGACUGUCUAGACUGCAAGCUGAGACUUUAUCUCGACCUACUAAAUCCACUUUCUUAGCUGAGAAAGAGGCACAUGCCACCCUCCUAUCUCUUCUUAAGGUAGAGGAGUCUUUAUACUGACAAACAUCUAGGCACCUGUGGAUCCAAAAUGGAAAUUUAAACACCAAGUACUUUCAAGACUUUGUGAAAAUUAGACAGACAAGACAAACUAUUUGUAAGCUGGUGACUGAUGAAGGAGAAGUACUUACAAAUAUAAUUCAAAUGAGUCAGGAGGCUGUCAAGUUUUAUAAAGGGCUGCUAGGUACAAGGAACUUGAUAUCAUGAAAUUUAUACAUUUUUAUACCCACAUUUUCAUGCCAUUUACGCUUCUCAUUAAUAUAUUUUCUCUAUGUCUUUCUAAUUUUAUACUUCGUUUUAUGUGUUUUGAUGUUUCUAUAUCUACUUUUUGGAGUGGAGUUUGGUUUAUACGAUUAGCUAGUCACUUGAGUUAGCUAAGUCCUUUAGCCCUCUCCUUCAGUUUUAGUUAGCUACAAUUCUUCUAUUAAUCUGGAGUUUUUUUAUAAUCAUAUUAAUUUGGAGUGGGGUUUGGUUUAUAUGACUUGAGCUAGCUAAGUCCUUCCGCCCUUCGUCCGCUAUUAUGAAUAACUAAAAAAUCAGUUAUUUGGAAUGGUGGAACCCUCGAUGAAACUAAGACUCCAAAUCUUUUGAAAAAUAUUUAACUAACGAAUUUUGGAUAAAUUAACAUCUCUUGUGUUCGUUUAUAUGUAUCUGGAUGGGAGGAGAGAACCUCCAUUUAGAAAAUUGUUGGAAGACAGAAUUUUCUAGAAAUAAAAAUCUAACUUUUUGAUCGUCAAAUACAAGAACCAUUAAGGUAAAUUACGUGAGAAAUCAGGAUUAAUUUUUGUGGUUGGCGCACGGGUGGAUGGAAAGCAAAUAGCUCAAGCAAGCUGCUUGAUUAUUUGAACUCUCUCAAAAAUGGACAUGCCAAAUGCACAUGGUAGCUUAAACAAGUAGCUAGCCAAGUGAAUCAAGUGGCACGCUCGGCCAUGUCAAGUGGGACGAGGGGGCAUUUUGCCAUUUAUUGGACCGACCAUCUCAUUUCCCUCUAUAAAUAGAGGUGUUGCAAAUUCAUUUAGGACACACUUCCUACAUUAGAUGAUAGUUAACUUUAUUUCUUUCUUACAUCCUUCUAGCCCUAUAUAAGUAGAGGAACUCUGUGUAAAUUGUUGUAUAUCAUUAUUAUUGUCAAUCCAAAGGUAAUGCUACGUACAACAACAAUUCCAACUCUUGAGAUUAGAGAUAAUAUGUUAUAUUAGUAAAUUACCUUAAGAAGUUUAUUUAACUUCUUGGUAAUUUAUUGGUGUAACGUACUUAUCCUAUUCUCGUUUCCUCUAUGUGAUCGACCACAAGGUUUUGGUAACUUUUCUACUCUUAUGUGUUUAAUUUUCACGCUGUUACUAUUGUGUGUUGAUUGGAGACGGACUACCAUCAUAUUCUCAUAUCUACUUUUUGGAGUGGGGUCUGGUUUAUACGAUUAGCUAGCUCACUUGAGUUAGCUAAGUCCUUCCUCGCUUUUGUCCAGUUUUUACUAGCUACAAUUCUUCUAUUUAUCUGGAGUAGAGUUUGGUUUAUACGAUUAGCUAGCUCACUUGAGCUAGCUAAGUCCUUCCGCCCUUCGUCCGCUAUUAUGAAUAACUAAAAAACCAGGUUGUUUGGAAUGAUGGACCCGUCGAUGAAAUUAAGAUCCCAAAUCUUUUUAAAAUAAUUUAACAGACGAAUUUUUGACGAAUUAACAUAUAUUGUGUUCGUUUAUCUUGUUUUUGGAUGGAUAAGAGAUCCUCCAUUUAGAAAAUUGUUGGAAGACAGAGUCGUCUAAAAAUAGCACACUAACUAUUUGAUCGCCAAACACAAGAACCAUUCAGGUAAAUUUCAUGAAAAAUCGGAAUUAAUUUGUGUGGUCCAUCUUGAUUGUAAUUUGGGUCCUCAUCUAUCAACUUUCAAUUAUUUAUUAUGACAUGAAAACCGAAAUUAUUAAUUGAAAGCUGAACAAACUUAUUGGUAUGAAAAUGCAUGAAUUUGACUUUGUGGGCUGUUUGGAUGCUUCAUUUUGGUUCCUUCAUUUUGGUUCAGUGGACAAAAUACCACAUUCCAUUUCAUUUUGGUAGGCAUUUCAAAUAAAUUAAAAUGAGUUAUUUCAAUUGCCUCAUGGACAAAAUACCAUAUUCCAUUUUAUUUUUGUCAAACGAGUUAUUUGAGAUCAGCUAAAAUAGCUCAUCAAAUCACCUCAUCCAAACGACCCAUUAGAAAUUACGAUGGGAUGAAAUUUAUUGUAAACUUGUUAAUUAAAUUAAAUUUAUUCGGGAUGACACAUCGAAGGGAAAACCAAUUCAAACAAUCACAAAAAUAUAUUGAGAGUUACUUUUCUAAUUUUGUGUAUAAUUGAUAAAUAGUUGAUAACAUCCAAAUUGGUGUUAUCCUUCAUAUGUAGGUUUGGUUCGUGCUAAAUCAUGUGCAUAAUCGUUAGAAUAUCAUCAAUUGCAUCCCUAUCCAGUUCCUAUUUUAUUAUGAUGUGAUUUUAGUGUGCUUUAGACAAUACCUGCGAAUUAGGUACGAAAAGGGGCACAAGUGUAGCAAAAUGAGCAGGAAGCUGCUGAUCAUAACCUGGAGAAGGAGAUCAUGAUCAAGAAAGCAGACUGCGAACUCAAGGUGAAGAUCACGGUUUGAGAGCCCAAGAUCGCGGCCCCGAAUCUGGAGGCUUUGGGUGCGAACUACGUGAAGAAGCCAGCCGAGGAGAAACAGAGAGUUUCCCCAGUUGGAUCACGGCCACAAUUCACCCGGCCACGAGGAAGUUUGUAGCCUCACUUCACGGAUUGCGACCGUGAAGUCAGCCUGGGAACCCCUCACGUUUGAAGGCCAAAACGACAACGUCAGUAGAUCACGGUCUCAAGGAAGAAGAUCGCGACCGCAAUCUUCGCCCUGCCUGGCCGUGAACUUGUCCGUCCUCUGAAGGCUAUAAAUAGAAGACUCCCUUUCCCCAUUACGCUAGGUUUCUUGUGUUUCAAUGUGUUUCAGAGUCUAACAGGCGAAACCAACCCCCGAAGUCAAAAUUUGGAAGAAAAGGAGCAAAGACAGGCAAAGAUGAGGACUUAGCCACAAUUCACGGUUACCAGGACCGUGAACUAGAACCACAAAUCGUGAACCGCGAAGCAUCUAAAGGGGUUUCAGAGGUUACUGACGCCAAGGCAGUUCACGGUCGCUAAGACCGUGAACUGGAGCCAUUGACCGUGAACUCCUCAAGUGAAGUUGCGCGUUUUGAUUGACGGGCCUGAUGUUCACGACCGUGAACUGGACUCGAUUUGUUUUUAAAAGGAGAGCUGAAAGGAAUAAGAAGGAGGAUCCCAAAGAAAGAGAAACCCUCUUCUUCUUGAAAACCUAGACAGAGAAAGCAUGAACCAAGAGGGAGAAGAGGCUAGGGUUUGCUCCAAGUGAAGAUUUUGGAAGUUCCUCUCCCAAGGAGGAUCUUUAAUUACCAGCACAAGUAGGGUUGGAGGCAUCACAAUGAUGGUUUCUUUCUUCUUCCUUUGUGUUCUUCCUUUAUCUAGCAUGGAGUAGUUUCCCUUUUCACUUGGGUGUUGUAGAACCCUACCUUAUAUCAUGUAAUUGAUUGUGUGGAUUGAAUGAUUGUGUGAUGGAGGUGUUUAAGUUAAGAAUUGAGGUAUUUUUAAUGGUGAUUGUGCAUUGUGUGUGCUUGGCAAUCUAUUGUGCUAUUUUGACCUAGCUUAUAGAGAAACCCCCUUAUGUUAAGAGGCUCAAAUUGAGCUGGGUGUUCUUGGGCAUUUCAUGCCUCCUAAGCUAGUUUAGAGAGAAGCCCCCUUAUCUUAAGAGGCUCAAUUUGAGCUGGGUUUUCUUAGGCAUUCCAUGCCUCUUAGACUAGUUUAGAGAGAAGCCCCAUUAACUUAAGAGGCUCAAUUAGAGAUGGGGUUUCUUGGGCAUUCCAUGCCUUCUAACUAGGUUAAUUAAGGGCAACCUCUAAGUUUGAAUUAGACACCUGGGUUAAUUGUGAUUAUAUCGUCCAAACCUUGGUUUGAGGGAGAAGGUAAGUCAACCUCAAUUUCUUGGGCCAAGAGGGCUACAAUUGUAGCCUUUGACACCUACCUUGGCCUAGCAAUUGGGAGAAUGGUUUCUAACCAUUGUGGCACCUCCUACGGGUCACAAUUGCCUCGUCACACACUGUUUCAUCCGAUCCCACGGUUCAUGGUAGAUGGUUAGGGGAAAGCAACACCCAAGUGAAGCUUCUCACCAAGAGUUUUCCACACUUUUACUUUACAAGUCUUGCUUUUUAAUAGUAGAUCGUAGAGAUUUUAACAAAUAAUAAUCCACUAGAUAAUGUUUCAAACAAUUGAAGUAGGGGUACAUGGACCGGCCCGGGUUGAUAUUUAAACAUACUUGCCCUAUAUUGCACCCAUUUAAGGUUUAUACUUGGGCCUUAGGUGUGAUUUUAUUGUGAUAUUCGGGUUGAGUCAAGUUUUUGGCGCCGUUGCCGGGGACUUCGGUCUGUUAUCUUGAAAAGUUUGUUUGGUGUUAAUCUAGAUUUUAUUUUAAGUUUUACUUGUGUGGUUUUUGCUUGUGCUAGAUGUGGUGUUGUUCUUUAAGUGUGUGCAGGGAGGUGCAUGACCAGGAGCAAUCCGGCGCCUUUAGCACCACUAGAUGAGAACAUAAACCGGACUCUCCGACUCCUAGCUCAGGAGAGGGAGUUAGCAGAAGCAAGAAGUAGAAGUGAAGAGAGGGGACAACAAGUUGGUCCCGGAGUUAGAGGAGUUGAAGUGGAAAUUGAAGUUGAGAUGGCGGAGAAUCAACUACAAGGAGGAGCUGCUCAGCCUCAAAACCACAAUGAGGGGGCGGCAGCCGAGGAAGCACCAAAAACUAUGGGCUAUUACAUGGCCCCACGGCCAGCGGACAUCCAACCCCCAUCUUGCAUCCGCUUGUGGCCGCCAACAACUUUGAAAUUAAGCCAGCUCUUGUGACGAUGAUUCAAAACAACACUUUGUUCCAUGGGCUCACCAACGAAUCACCGAGGGAGCAUGUGCAAAGGUUUCUUGAGCUUGGGGGAAGUUUGAAGAUAAAUGGCAUCCCGGCGGAAGCUUUACAAUUGAGGCUAUUCCCAUACUCUCUUGCGGGAAAAGUGCUCUGAUGGUUCAACAACCGUCCAGCUCGCUCAAUUACAUCAUGGGAUGAUUUGCUCAACAAGUUCAUGACCCAAUAUUGUCCUCCUUCCAAGACAGUCGAGUGGAGGAAGAAGAUCACUCACUUUGAGCAAGAGGAAGAUGAGACAUUGAGGGAUGCAUGGGAAAGAUUCUCCGACUACUUCCUCCAAUGCCCUCACCAUGGAUUCGAGGAGCAAUUUUGGAUAGAGACUUUCUAUGGUGGUCUUAUGCAUGAUGACAAGAUCCUUAUCGACUCUCUUUGCUAAGAGAGGUUGAUGAAUAUGACCCCAUCUCAAGUGACCGAGUUGCUCGAAGAUAUGGCUCUUAAAUUAUAUGAUUGGGGCUUGACGAGGGGUGGUAAGAGAAGCACUGAAAGAGGAGUGUGAAGUGCGAGAGCAAGUGCUCCACUUGAAGCUAAACUUGACAAGUUGAUCGAGGUGAUCCUUGAGGACAAGAAGCCAGGGAAGAGAGUGGUGAUGUCUUGUGAUUGGUGUUCACGCACUAAUCAUGAAAUUGUGGAUUUCCAAGCGAUGAAGGAAAUAAGUGCCCCCGAGGUGCAAGUGAGUUUCAUUGCCAAUAUUAGAGGGAACAACUAUUAUAGCAACACCUACAACCCCGGGUGGCGCAAUCAUCCCAACUUCUCUUGGUCUUCCCCUACCAAUCCAAGACCUCCCGGUUUCCAAGGUCCAACGGGCAACUAUCAACCUUGGCCAACUUUCAUCCAACAAAGGCCUCAAUUCCAAAACUCGAACUUCCAACAACCAUACCAAGCACAAGGUGGUCAAGGGUUCCAACAAGCAGUUGCAGUUGGGUUGGGCCUGCUUUUCUUUUAUUUUCUUUACAAUUAAUUACUCAAUUACUU